AGGAGUGGAAUUUCACUUCCUGUAUCUCUCAGGUGAGUUACCUGGGCAAUGUCGUCGAUCGCUUGGGUUUAGGUCGACAUCAAACGGAUGAAUCUUUCGUAAGAGUUUCAGAGCGGAAAGGGUCGGACGAUCAGAUCACUGUCUGGGAGCGUUUGCCGAAGUUUUGACCCAUUUUCUGCGAGCUCAGCUAGAAUUCAGGAGCUGAAGGUUGAUUUGUAUUUGUUUUGCCCCCCUGCGGCCUAAACACUCCGCGGAAGAAAUAGCUUUUUUAAAUUUUAAAAUAAGUGGUAUUUAUUUAUUGUUAACGCGCGUAAAGGGUGGUUUUAUUAAUUUGGAGACGUUUCCAGGACUUUUAAAAUGAUUCCCCUCCUUAAAGGACAGCUGUGUGCACUUCUGCUCCUUGUGUCGCUCCUCCGCUGCUCUCAGGGCCAGGAGGCUGGGGAGGAGUGCUUGGCCCGGUUCAAGAAGGGUCGGGAGGAUUUCGUCCUGGACGCCGAUGAAUCCGUAAAAGACGGAGCGACGUUCAUUUCGUCGCCGAAACUGGACCGAUACAAGGACUGUGUGAGCGCCUGCUGCAAGGAACCGAGAUGCAAUGUCGCCUUCAUGCAGAGAGGAGCCGAGGAGGGUUUGGUCGACUCCUGCUUUCUCUUUGACUGUUUGUACAAGACGAAAUACGCCUGCCGCUUCGUCAGGAAGAAAGGAUACAUCAGUUACAUCCUGGAGUCUGUGUAUGAUGGUUACCUGGCAGUCGAUGUCCCCCCAGAGGAUGGCGACCGUCCACCGGUAGCCAACGGUGGCCUGGACCGGGUGGUGCAGCCUCAGGACAGCGUGACUCUGAAUGGCAUGGGGAGCAAAGACGACCAGGGUAUCGCUUCCUACCAGUGGCAGCUGCUCACCGGAUAUCCUUAUGCCACCAUCGAGAAAACCACCUUUGCCGACGAGAUUAUCGUGUCCAAUCUGACGUCUGGGUUGUAUAAAUUCCAGCUGACUGUCACGGAUACCAGUGGUCAGUCAGACUCCACCAAGGUCACCGUCCUGGUCCUCACUCCUGAGCAGUCUGAGCACCACUGUAUGGCUCCAAAGAAGGUCGGGCCAUGCCGCGGCUCCUUCCCUCGCUGGCAUUACAAUGCUGCCUCAAUGAAGUGUGAGGAGUUCAUGUUUGGGGGCUGCAAGGAGAAUCUCAACAACUAUCUCGAAAAGGAAGAGUGCUCCAAGGCCUGCUCUGGCUCAGAAACAAAGAGCAUAUCAGGUAGAGGUCUGCCAAUUCCCGCACCAAGAGGAGAAAGAUGUGAUCAUCCGUGUACCGCAGAGGAGUUCACCUGUGAAAACGGCUGCUGUUUGGACCCUGGUCUGGAGUGUGACACCAUCUCGCAAUGUAGCGACAAAUCUGAUGAGCAGAAGUGCGAUGACUUGAACAACAAAUUUGAUAUUCUGCUGCAGAUUCCAGUCGAUGAACAAAAACUGCGCUGCACAGAGCCUCCAGACACGGGAAGCUGCAGGGACAAAUUCACCAAGUGGUACUACGAUCCCAUGAGGCAGGAAUGCCACCGAUUCAACUACGGUGGCUGCCAAGGAAAUGAGAACAAAUUUGAAGAUCGGGAGGCAUGUAAAAAAAUGUGCCAUGGAGUAACAGAAAAGGACUUAUUUCGAAAUGUGAAUAUUGGUGCCAGAAUAGCUGAAGGCAACACAGGUAUUAUAGCCAUAGCUGCCCUCCUGGGUGUAGCCAUCCUGAUCCUGCUGGGCAUCCUGCUGUACUGCCUCUUCAAGGGGAAGAAGAAGACAGAGCACCACCGCGUACCCGCCCACAGCGUCCCGGUCAGCUAUGAGGACAGAGAUCAUCUGGUCUACAACAGCACCACCAAGCCCAUCUGAGCCACCAGUCCUCCCUUCUGACCCCAAACAACCCCGGACAAACUCAGAGUGAGAGAGAGGAGACGAUAACCAUGGACAAAGUUUGGAUGAUUGAUUGUAAGGGUGAUGUACAUAGAAGAAGGCGGAACGUAUUCGAUGAUGUGUUUUUAACUGGAUAUUUAGCUUGUUUUUAAUGCCAUGGUCUGUCAUAAUGAAUUGUUGGACAUCAGUUUGUACUCAGGUUAACAAGAUUUUAAUUAGAUCACUAGUGGCUUUCAUUGGAGCAGGACAAAUAUUUGUUUUUUGUUUUUCCUUCCAUUAAACUUAUAGUUCUCAGCAAACAACUCCUGAACCACCACUAGGUCCACAUUAGUUCUUUACUUCAAAGUAAGAGUCUGGAUUCUCAUUCAUCCGCUUAAAGCUGAGCUCUGUGAAAUUCUGUGGAUAUGUAAUGUUAAAUAGUAAUCUCUUUAACUGCCACACCAGCCUUCAGAUCUGUUUGUCCUCUUUAUAAACCAUUGUUACAUUGGAUUACACAAACAUGCAUCAUUUUGUACAUAAUCUUAGAUUAUUGAGAAAGUAAUAUUUUACUUGAGUUGUUUUUUUUAAUCAAUGAUUUAUUUUGAAAGUGUUUUUAGAACAGGCAUAAUACAUUGUAUAUUGCAUAUUGAUACCUUUUAUAGAGCAGCCUUGCUGUUGAUAAUUCACCAUAUUCAACUUCACUUUCUGUAACUUUAGCAGUAUCAUGGUGUUUUUGUCUAAUAAAUACAAUGACUCAAAAUUAA